AUGUCAACCAAAGAGAAGACUCCCGAGGAUAAGAAACCGGCUCAAAAAAAGAGAACGGCCAUGGCUUGUAUUCGAUGUAGAAGUAGACAUAUACGAUGUCCUGGUGGUACUCCUUGUAAGAAAUGUCAACUAGCCAAGACCAAAUGUGAAUAUGUUGAAGCCGAUAAGAAGAUCGUGGUAUCUAUGAAGUACAUGAGUCGUUUACAUGACGAUAUAGCUCGUUUAAAGAAGGAAAAUGCCACCUUAAGAACCAAUUUGAGGGAAGAAGAGAAUAAACGUAUUAAGGGAAGUCCUCAAGUCAAUUCGUUUGAAUAUAAUUCAAAGACUCCUCAUAAUCAACAACUUUUUAAUGAAGCUACCAGCUCAGGGUUUAAUACGGGUGAAGUGAUCCAACCAACUUUGGAUAAAUAUGGUCGUUUGAUUCAAUCGAGAACUGGUGAAAGACUUUAUGUUGGGUCUUCAUCAAUGACAUUAUUUGGAUUGGAGAUUCAAAAUAUGGUACCGCCAAAUUAUCAAACCCAACCUCAAGAUUCCCCCACUAUGACUCCAACCAUCGAAACUCCCAUGUCUAAUAGAGAAGCGGAAAUUCUUGAAAAAGAGGGUAAUGCUUAUAAGAUCGUUUUAGCUAAAACCAACACUCGUCCGGGAUUAUCCAUAAACUUCCAAUUACCAUCAUACUCCUAUGCCAUGUUACUAGUGGAUAAUUUCAUCAACUAUAACGAUGGAUGUUUCUAUUUCUUCAAUGAAGGAUUGGUUAAAAGGUAUAUAACUAACUUGUAUCAAGGUAAUACCGAAGAGAAUAAGAAGAUCAUGAAGCGGAAUCUCACCAACUAUAAACGUCAAGAAUCCGAUGAAAAUUCAAUCAAAAAGGAUAGAGAUGAUGAGACCAUUCUUGAGACUAUGUGGUUUUGUAAGAUUUUAUUGAUCUUUGCUACCGGGGAAAUGUAUUUGGGUACGGAAUCCGAUGUCCAUCUUAAAGAACUGAUUAAUAGAUAUAAGGAAGAGCAGAAGAAACAAAAAGAUGACAAAAAGGAUCCAGGAAAGAAACAUACAUUCCCUAAGAAUACCUUACCAGGAUCAGGAUACUUUUAUCAAGCAUCGGAACUUUUCACCGGUCUUUUUGCUUCGGGAGCUAUCGAUAACAUCACUAAAGAUGGUGGUAUUGAAGUAAUGCUUUUGUAUGCUUUCUUCUUACAAGUAGCUGAUUGUACCAUUGCAUCAUAUUUCUACUUUGGGUUAGCUUUAAGAUCAGCUUUGAUCCUUGGAUGGCAUGUGGAUGCCGAAAAGCAUUCUAUAGAUAGAUUUGAACUCGAACAUAGAAGAAGAUUAUGGUGGACAGUUUAUAUGUAUGAAAGAAUGUUAUCAUCAAAAGCAGGAUUACCUUUAAGUUUUGCUGACGAUAGUGUAUCGACGGAACUUCCGAAAGACAUUGACUUAACUUUGGAUGAUUUCCCUAAGGAUGAGAAUGAUGUUAGAGGGUUCUUCAUCUUCCCAUCAGCAGAAUAUAUCAAUAAUUGUGUCACCAUCACCCAAAUCAAUGCCAUUAUACUAUCAUGUUUAUAUACCAAACAACCCACCAUUAACAUUCUUCCGGUAGUUUCCGAUCUAGUCCAUCGAUUGAUGAACUGGAAAAACAAUCUCCCGGAGUUCUUAAAGAUCGAUUUCCAAACUGAUGAUCUUAAGAUCUCCAGAUUAGUGGUCAAUCUUAUGACGGAAUAUUUCCAGGGUAUCAAUCUUGCUGUCAGACCAUUAUUAUUCCAUUUCGCUACGAAGAAAUUGAAGGAAUUACAAACAUUCAGUAACAACAAUAAGUAUGUGGACUUAACUAAAUACUCCAAGAAUGUAUUAACGUUAUUGAACGCUUCAUUCCAGGCUUCUAUCAACACCGUAAGAUCAAUAUGGGCCCUUUUACCAGAAAAUAUGGUCGCCUUAUUUGGUUGGAUGGAUAGAGAAUAUUUAUUCACAUCUUCCUUAACGUUGAUUUUGUUUAACUCCUCCUUUGGGCUUCAUGAUUCCACUAAAGAACAUUUGGACCAUGCGUUGAUUAUUUUCACUCGCAUGAAGAAGUUAGGGAACUAUCCUGCUGCCGUAAGACGAGCCCAGUUAUUGAAAUUGAUCAGUGUAUUGGAUUUCAAUGGGGUAAUGCAUGACUUAUUGGUCAAACAUGACGAUGAGAAGUUAUACGCCACAAGGAAGUACCCGGAAGAAUCUAAUGACCCCGACAACCGUACACCACAUAGUGUUGAUAUGAAGAAUGAUAUUGACCUUGAAAUACCAAUGGAUGAAUCCAUGGACUUACACAAUGAUUUGAUCUCCUCCAAGGCUAACCUCACGUUUCAUCCAGACAAUGCCCAUGAACUUGAGAGCAUCUAUGAGGGAGAUAUCAUGGGUAUUGAAGGAUUCUCUCAUUUCAAUGAAGAACAGAAAUUAUGGAAUGAAAUCACCAAUGAUGCUGUUUGGUUAAACCCUUCGUCUAAUUCUAGAACCCAACAAGAAGACGCUAUUCAUGAAGCUUUACACGAAGCUCCAACGGAAGAAAUCAGUGAACUUUUAAGUUCCAUGAGACCAGAACUAACUCCUGGUGCUUACAGUGAUAUCGUCAGCCAUGAAUUCCAAGACAUGGAAGAGAUGAGUUGA